CUCCUCAGCUCCUUAGCUUCUUCAACCUCAUCACAUCCGAGCUGACUUCACCAGGCAGCUAAGCUCGGUUAAGAUGGAAGCUUAUACCCCAAAGAACAUCCUUGUCACCGGAGCUGCCGGAUUCAUUGCAUCCCAUGUUGCAAACAGGCUUAUCAGGAACUACCCAGAUUACAAGAUUGUUGUUCUUGAUAAGCUUGACUACUGCUCAAACCUCAAGAACCUUCUGCCCUCGAGCUCGUCCCCUAACUUCAAGUUUGUCAAGGGAGAUAUCGGGAGUGCUGAUCUUGUAAACCACAUUCUCGUCACCGAGUCCAUUGACACCAUAAUGCAUUUUGCAGCUCAGACCCAUGUUGACAACUCCUUUGGCAACAGCUUUGAGUUCACCAAGAACAACAUUUAUGGCACUCAUGUUCUCUUGGAGGCCUGCAAGGUUACUGGUCAGAUCAAGCGGUUCAUUCAUGUCAGCACGGAUGAGGUCUAUGGGGAGACUGAGGAGGACGCCAUCGUGGGAAACCAUGAAGCCUCGCAGCUUCUUCCCACGAACCCAUAUUCUGCUACAAAAGCCGGGGCAGAAAUGCUGGUUAUGGCUUAUGGAAGGUCAUACGGCUUGCCUGUAAUAACCACCCGAGGGAAUAAUGUGUACGGCCCCAACCAGUUCCCUGAGAAGCUAAUCCCUAAGUUCAUUCUUUUAGCCAUGCAGGGGAAGACUCUCCCUAUUCAUGGAGAUGGUUCUAACGUCAGGAGCUAUCUUUACUGUGAGGAUGUUGCAGAGGCUUUCGAGGUGGUUCUUCACAGGGGAGAGCUUGGUCAUGUAUACAACAUCGGGACAAAGAAGGAGAGGAGAGUGACCGAUGUUGCUAGAGAUAUAUGCCGUCAUUUUGGGAUGGACCCAGAAACAAAAAUCAAGUUUGUGGAGAACAGGCCAUUCAAUGACCAGAGAUACUACUUAGAUGAUCAAAAGCUGAAGAAACUGGGUUGGUCAGAGAGAACCACAUGGGAGCAAGGGUUGAAGAAGACAAUUGAAUGGUAUACCAGCAACCCUGAUUGGUGGGGGGAUGUGUCUUGUGCAUUGGUUCCCCAUCCCAGAAUGCUAAUGAUGCCUGGAAGGAUAGAAAAACAUGUUAAUGGUUCUGAAUCUAACAUCCCCAGGAGGCCAAACCCAACACACAUGGUAGUAGUUCCAGCACACAAAAGCAACAACAACUCAGUUCAGAAGCAGACUUACAAGUUUUUGAUCUAUGGCAGAACUGGGUGGAUUGGUGGUAUGCUUGGCAAGUUGUGCGAGAAACAGGGAAUUCCCUAUGAAUAUGGAAGGGGGCGUCUGGAGGACCGCUCUCAGCUUUUGGCUGACUUACGGUCUGCAAAGCCCACUCAUGUGUUCAAUGCUGCAGGCAUCACUGGCAGACCCAAUAUUGACUGGUGUGAAACUCACAAGACAGAAACAAUCCGCACCAAUGUUGUUGGUCUAUUGACUUUAGCAGAUGUAUGCAGAGACCACAAUCUGUUGUUGGUGAACUUCGCCACUGGCUGCAUAUUUGAAUACGAUGCUGCACACCCUCAAGGUUCUGGGAUUGGAUUCAAGGAGAAAGACAAAGCAAACUUCAUAGGUUCUUUCUAUUCAAAGACCAAGGCCAUGGUGGAAGAGCUCAUUACAGAAUAUGAUAAUGUCUGCACCCUCAGAGUUCGUAUGCCAAUAUCUUCAGACCUCAGCAACCCUCGCAACUUCAUCUGCAAAAUCUCUCACUAUGAUAAGGUCGUGAACAUUCCCAACAGCAUGAGCAUCUUAGAUGAGCUUCUCCCAAUUUCCAUUGAGAUGGCAAAGCGUAACCUCAGGGGGAUAUGGAACUUCACAAACCCCGGGGUUGUUACCCAUAAUGAGAUUCUGGAGAUGUACAGAGAGUAUAUAGAUCCACAAUUUCGUUGGACCAACUUCACACUGGAAGAGCAGGCAAAGGUGAUCAUCGCACCUCGAAGUAACAAUGAGAUGGAUGCAUCCAAAUUGAAGAAAGAGUUCCCUCAACUGCUACCAAUCAAGGAAUCUCUUAUCAAGUAUGUCUUUGAACCAAACAGGAAAACCCCAGCAAAAUAAGUUCUCAAGAUUUUCAACCAAUUAUCCUUCUGGGUCCAGGAUUCAUGACCUAGCAGCCUAAGUUAUCAUUCUUAAAUUCAGCCUUCUUCUUUUGCUUUUGCUUUUAUUGAAAUCUUGAUAGUGGUUAGAGUGCCAAUAAGUGCAGAAUAAUUUGCCACUUUUCAGAAAUACAGAAUGUUCUAUAGUGGCUGUAUUAGGGUGUAUUUGUUGUCUUAUGGCAGUGUGUGAGAGGAUGUAAUGCUUAAAUCUCAAUCCAAUUGGUAAUCUUGGCAUAAA